AUGGCUUCCCUAAAAUAUGAUCAACUUUUUCUUCUAUUUGAUUUACUUCUUUUUUUCGCUUUUCCAGCCACUGAAGAUGUUAGUCAUCUGUCAAUCACCGUGCAGAAAGAUAAACUACUUGGUGGCCUUCUUCCUUCUGGAUUUGAUGAAAGAUCUUGUCUAAGUAGACAUGAGUCAGUCUUAUAUCAUAAAGAACUACGCCAGAAGCCUUCUUCUUAUCUCAUCUCAAAGUUACGAAACUAUGAGGCUCUUCAUAAGCAAUGUGGACCUCAUACAGUAUUAUACAAUAGAAGUGUUGAACUUAUCAAGUCUGGCCAAUACAGAGAUUCUUCAGAUUGCAAUUACUUGGUUUGGAUUUCGUAUAGUGGUUUAGGAAAUAGGAUGCUAACCUUAGCUUCUGCUUUCCUUUAUGCUCUUCUUACAAAUCGAGUUCUACUUGUUGAUCCCGGAGCUAAUAUGCCUGAUCUGUUCUGUGAACCUUUUCCUGGGGUUUCCUGGUUGCUUCCACCAGAUUUUCCUAUAAUCGACCAGUUCAGUACGUUUAACCAGGAAUCUCCUCAUUGCUAUGGUUAUAUGGUGAAACAUGAUAUCAUAGGCAAUUCAACUGGUUCAAUACUACCUCCCUUCAUCUACCUUCAUUUAGCUCAUGACUAUGAUGAUCAAGAUAAAUUAUUUUUCUGUGACCAGGACCAAAGUAUUCUACACAAAAUCCCUUGGCUAGUCAUGAGGACAGAUAACUAUUUUGUGCCUUGUCUUUUUUUGAUGCCAGAGUUCGAGCAAGAGCUAAGUAAUCUUUUUCCGGAAAAAGAAACCAUUUUCCACUUUCUGAGUAGAUACCUGUUCCAUCCCACUAAUUCUGUAUGGGGGCUUGUUAUGAGGUACUAUCAAGCUUAUUUAGCCCAAGCAGACGAAAAACUAGGCAUUCAAAUUAGAGUAUUUGAUACAGGUGUUGGUCCUUUUAAGUAUGUAGUGGAUCAGAUUACCCCUUGUUUGAUGAAUGAGAAUCUGCUUCCACAAAUUAAUCGGGAGGAGCCUAUACUCAAUCCAUCCGGGAAGCAGAAAACCAUAGCCGUCCUGAUCACUUCUCUAAGCAUUGGAUACUUUGAAGAGUUCCGAAACAUGUACUGGGAGCAUCCCACCGUGACAGGAGAGAUCGUUGGCGUUUAUCAGCCGAGUCAGGAGGAACAUCAACAAACUGAGAAGCUCUGGCAUGAAAGAAAGGCGUUGGCAGAAAUGUAUCUACUGAGUUUAACAGACAAAUUGGUUACAAGUGCAUGGUCGACUUUUGGAUAUGUAGCUCAUGGUCUUGGAGGUUUGAAGCCCUGGAUCCUAUACAAGCCUGAGAACAGGACAUCCCAUAAUCCACCUUGUGUUCGAGCUGUAUCACUGGAGCCAUGUUUCCAUGCCCCACCUUACUAUGAUUGUAAAAAGAAAGCGGGAACUGACACGAGCAAAAUUGUUCCUCAUGUGAGGCACUGUGAGGAUGUGAGCUGGGGUUUAAAGCUAUUUGACCAAAAUGGUGAAUUAUAA